GACCAAAAUUGCAUUUCCUUAUUCUUUGCGCUUUUCAUCUGGACGAUCAAGGGUCUAGCUUCCUUAUUCUGACUUAGUGCAUCUAAGGUUGCCAGGCUCGAGGGUCUUUGGCUGUGACGUAAUCCGUAAGAUUAUAGUCCUAUGGAUACCAAAUGGUUAUUCGCGCUCGCAUCCUACAGCAAUCAGCACUUUUAAUACCUCAAUUAACCCAAUAAUUGAAGAUUUUGUUCCAUACAAGUCUUCUCCAACUUUGUAGCAAUAUGCCAUCCACUCAAAAGCCCGUCAUCCUUCUCGUCCACGGCGCUUGGCAUGGCUCCUGGGCUUGGAAGUACCAGGUCCCUGAGCUGGAAUCCCUCGGCUAUACCACUCAGACCCUGGAUCUGCCUUCAGUAUCCGGUGCACCGGGUAAGACACAAGCAGACGAUGCAGCGCACGUGCGAAGUGUCUUGGAACCACUUUUAGCGGAAGGCAAACAAGUCGUCGUGCUGGCUCACUCCUACGGCGGACCGAUUGGUUGCGGGGCUAUUACCGGACUGUCUCUCACCGAGCGAGCCAGGAACGAUCUAACAGGUGGAGUUUUGGGGUUCAUCAAUCUCUGCGGGUACAUCUUCCCUGGAGGCAUGGAUCAAGGCGCUGUUAUCCGCAGCCUAGGCGGUCUUCCUUACGUCGAUUGGGAUACCCCUUCUCCAGGGCUCUUUGUUGCCAAAGACCCUGGUAGUCUCCUCUACCGACCCGAUGUUUCGAAAGAUCACGCAGAAUGGGCACUGUCACAGUUGCAACCGCAGAGUAUGGCUGCAAAUAUGGGCAUUGUUCCUCCUCAAGCAUGGCAGGAGGGGGCAUACAAAGGUCGCUUGGCGUAUAUCAAGGCAACAGAGGAUGCUGUUAUUCCUUUUUCAGACCAGGAAAGCAUGAUUGCUGCAAGCGGAGGGAGUGAAGCUUGGAUCACUCGUGUGUUAGAGGGGUCUGGGCAUAGUCCACAGAUUUCUCGGCCUGGCGAGGUUGCCCAGGUAGUUGAGAGUCUGAUCCGAGACUUUCAACCUUAGAAGUGAAGGGAGCGGAGAACUGAUUAUUAUCUUGGCAUUGCAAAUAUGGAAAAUGGCAAUAGACAUGUUAUUUACGUCUCAAGCUUG